CGAUUGUUCCCGAGCAAUCUUCGAGCAGUUCCAAAGCAGCCAGAUCAAAGCAGAUUAAAACAGCACCAAAAGCUGCAUAGAGGCAGCCCAAACACACUCACAGCGGCACUCACAGCACACGACACGACCAUGAUGAUGAACGCGAUGCAGACCCUCGCACGCCAAGCGCCUGGCGCGCUGGCAAGACACGCGCCGCGGGCAGCCGGCGCUGCCCUGAGCACCAUGGCCUCGCGCGGCCUCCUCUCGGCGUCGCGCCGGGCGCGCACUGAACGCGCACCACCGAAUCCCGCGCUGCUCGCCGCGCGUCGCGACAUCUCCGUCGGCAGAGACGGGCGCCACUGGAACACCGUCCUGUUGAUGGUGCCGCAAGCGGAGGAGUGGUCCGGAUCGGUGCCGAAUCCCAGUUUAUGGUGCCUUCACAUCGCCGCCGCCGCCGCCUCGCAACCGGGAACUCGCGCAGGCAGAUCGAGCGCUUCGGUAAAUUUAGUCACACGGCAUUGCCGGGCCUGAGCUUCGCCAUUCCGAUCAUCGACGAGAUCGCGUACAAGCGUUCCCUGAAAGAGACGACCAUCGACAUUCAUCCCCAAACGGCCAUUACCAAAGACAACGUCCACGUCCACCUCGACGGCGCCGUCUACACGCGCGUCGUCGACGCGUACAAGGCGAGUUACGGGAUCGAGGACCCGGAAGGGGCCAUCACGACGCUCGCGCAGUCGGCGAUGCGCAAAGAAGUUGGAAAUUUAGAGCUUGAUCAACUCUUCCUCGAGCGCGAAAAGCUUAAUAUUGGCGCGCGACCGCGUCGAUGGCGUCCCUCUGCACGCCAUCGAGGCGACGUGUUUCGUUCACACAGGCAUCGCGCAAGCGCUCGACGAGGCGUCGCAGCCCUGGGGCAUCCGCGUGUUCCGCUACGAGAUCGCCGACAUCCACGUCGACCGCGGCACGCGCGAGGCCAUGGAGAAGCAGUCGAACGCGGAGCGGCUGCGCCGCGCCGAGGUGCUCGAAUCCGAGGGCUACCGCCAGAAAUUGAUCAACCAGUCCGAAGGCGAGCGCCAGGGCGCCAUCAACGCCGCCCAGGGGCAGGCCGAGAGCAUGCGCCUGAAGGCAACGGCGGAGGCCGACCAGAUCAAGGCGAUUGCGGAGGCCCAAGCCGCUUCGACGCGGAUGGCGGCGGAAGCCACGGCCGACGGUCUCCGCGCGAUCGCCGAGGCCGUGAGUGAAGAGGGCGGCAAGGACGCGAUGGUCCAACGGCUCGCCGACAAGUACGUCUCGGAGCUGGCCGAGAUGGCGAAACAAAGCAACCUUGUGAUCGUUCCGGACCGACCGAACGACAUCUCCGGCGUCGUCGCGACGGCCAUGGGCAUGUUCGACCAGGUGAAGCAGCAGGGCUCCGCGAACUAGUUCCUGCCCCCCUUUUUGAAUACAAUUGAGAGCGACCAGUUCUGCAGUUUCGUUUGCGUAAAUCAUUUCCACGUCACGGUGUGUAAGACUUGACAAUUUUAAACUUGGGGAAAGUACAUGGGACGGUCCGCGCCGCGGAGCCGCGGACCCACGGCGCGCGCU